AUGGAUCUUUUGACCAGGCGUCUGUCGGAUCGCCGCCGCUCAGGGGAGCGCCACACUCGUGCCGCCAACUUCAUCAUCUUCUCGUGCGUGACGACUCGGCCCGGACGUAGAGUGCCCUCGAACUAAUGGUUCCGCUUGAUUUCUUAUCUGCAGCCAUCCCUCGGGUGCUUUCCUCAAGGGCGAUGCUUCGCGAUUGAACGUGAUUACGCGCAAGACUCGAAAUCGCCACGAGAAGCGAGAGUCCUCAUCUAGCGCUGGUUCCAAGCGCAACGCCCGUCGCUAUUCGGACAUCUCCCAGGACUCUUACGAGGACAGCGACCAAGUGCACUUUGCACAAGUGGCCAACUACUUGCCUGAAGCUUGCUGGCAGCAUGCCACAAAUCCGUUCGACAAUCGCUACUACGACAUCCAUCGGAACAGCCAGUGCACCUCAUUGCCUCCUACGAGCGACUCCUACAGCCACGACAGUCGCGACGAGAUGUAUGCCAGCUAUACGAGCAACAUGGGACAAUUGAAGCUAGCGUGCUACCCUCAGCCUCCCGCAUCCGCCACUUCGUACGAGACUUCUGAUCUUGCCGAAGACCUUCGUGCUAAUGCUCCGAUCACAGAUUUCAAGAUUGCCAGCAUGAGCUUGGCCCCGAACGCGCAUUCACUACCUUCGUCGGUGCGCCGAAGUUUGACGUCUUCUCCGUCCUUUGCGGAAAGUCGCACGCGGUCUCCCUCGCAUCUGUUCCUCCCACCGAUCGCGCUCACCUUCAAUGCUCCGGUCCACGGCGAGCCACUUCCAUCGCCGAAUUUUUACGCGCACGCUUAUCCAACCCCCGAGUUCUCGCCCACGACUCAGACCCACUUCCACCUUGCGCGAUGCCAGUAUCAAGACGCGCCAUAUCAUCAAAUCUGA